AUGGAGUGUGGGUUCGAUAAAAAACAUGAACCAAAAUGUUGUCUUGGUUUCCGGCACGUGCAGGCGUUUUUGCUGUUCUUCGCAUUCGUCCUGUGCUUUGCCAUGACUGUGAAUAUGAGCAUCGCUAUAGUUGUUAUGACCGACCCAGCACAAACCGAUUCCUUUGAUUGGAAUAUCCAGAAACAAGGAGUGAUACUCUCGUCAUUCUUCUGGGGAUAUCUUUUUCUUCAAGUGCCCGCAGGUGAACUGGCCAAUAGGUUCGGAGGAAAGAAUUUAACUAUGUUAUGUGUUAGCAUCAAUGCCAUAGCUUCAUUAUGCUUACCGAUGUCCGCAUACUACGGCGGAUGGCAAAUGGUUUGCACUUGUCGAGUAAUACAGGGAUUGUUUCAAGGAUUCCUAAUGCCGGCGGCGCAUAAUCUCCUUGCCAAAUGGGCUCCCCUAGAGGAGAAGAGCCGGAUGGGGGCCUUCGUGUACGCUGGAGCCCAAUUUGGAACAGCACUUCAGUUGAUGACGGGUGGCAUCGUGGCCGACUAUUGGGGUUGGUCUGCAAUAUUUUACGUUAACGGAGCAUUUGGAGCCGUCUGGACAGUAGUUUACUCGUUAUUGGGCUCAAACUCACCUGAGGAGUCAAAAAUUAUAAAUGGCCAUGAAAGGGAUUACAUACAAAGCUCACUGGGUCAUGUUGGUGGACACCAAAAACGGAAAACACCGUGGAAGUCAAUAGCAACAUCCCUUCCGUUCCUGUCAGUGGUUGUCGCUCACUGCGGCUUCAAGUGGGGCUACUGGGCCCUGCUCACAGGAAUACCGACGUACAUGCAUAAGGUUUUCGGAAUGAAUAUAAAAGCAAAUGGACUGCUGUCUGCAUUACCGUACUUAACUCUAUACCUGUUAAGUUUUCCUUUUGGUUUUCUGUCGGAUGAAAUAAUUAACCGAAAAUGGCUUCGAAUAACUACAUCAAGAAAGUGUUUUAAUACAAUCGGAUAUUUCGGUCCCGCUGCAGUGCUUAUUGCAUUAGCCCAUGUAUCGGCGGGAAACGUGACCUUAGCUAUCACGCUACUCACUCUGGCACUUGGAAUAAACGCAGCUUUUUACAGCGGAUACAUACUGGGCUCGUUAGACAUGGCUCCAAAUUUUGCCGGUACACUGAUGGGAAUAUCAAACACAGUUGCAAGCGUUAUGGCAAUUCUCGCUCCUCUUAUGAAUGGUGUCAUCCUGAAGGAUGAGACGGACAUAUUGGAAUGGCGAUACUUAUUUUAUCUAUCGGCCGCAGUGUACGUGGUGACGAAUGUUUUUUACGUUAUUUUUGGGAGCAGCGAAAGGCAACAUUGGAAUGAACCGAGAGAAUUAAACAAUCAAAAAGCACCCGAGUGCGGU